AUGGGAUUAGAUAUUAAAGUUAUUAAAGAAGGUAAUGGUGUUAAACCAGUAAAGGGAAAUGUAGUUGCUGUUCAAUAUAAAGGCUCAUUGACCAACGGUUAUGUCUUUGAUCAAUCGUUUCACCCAUUCAAAUUCAAACUUGGUGUAGGUGAAGUAAUUGAUGGUUGGGAUCUUGGUAUCCUUAAAAUGAGUGUUGGAGAAAAAGCUAUUCUUACAAUGACUGGUGAUCUUGCCUAUGGUGAAGAAGGAAGUGAGCCAGACAUUCCUCCCAACAGCACUCUCAUUUUCGAAGUAGAACUACUUUCAUUUAACUAA